CUAUUAUUAUAGUUCAUGCCGAAAUUUGGCAAUCUAGCAUUACUUUUACGAACUUUUCCGAAAGAUUCUCGUACAACUUCGUACCCUUUCGUAUAUAAUCGCAUACUCUCGAAACGUAUUUCACGAAGUCGCUUCAUUUAUCGAACAAUGGAGACAAUAGUAGGACGAGUUCUUGUAUAUGGUGGCAAGGGUGCUUUAGGAUCAACAUGUGUUUCAAAAUUUAAAUCAAAAAAUUGGUGGGUUGGUUCUAUUGAUAUGAAGGCAAAUGAGCAAGCUGAUAUAAAUGUGAUUGUAAAGCCUGAAAAUAAUUGGCAAGAGCAGGAAGUUGAUAUUCUGCAACAAGUUACUAAUACUUUGAAAGGUAAUAAAGUAGAUGCAAUAAUUUGUGUAGCUGGUGGAUGGGCUGGUGGAAAUGCAUCUCAUAAAGAUUUUGUAAAGAAUUGUGAGCUCAUGUGGAAACAGAGUGUAUGGAGUUCAGUUAUUGCUAGUAGUAUUGCUACACAUCAUUUAAAGGAGGGAGGAUUCUUGUCACUGACUGGUGCCAAAGCAGCAUUAGCAGGAACACCAGGAAUGAUUGGAUAUGGGAUGGCCAAAGCUGCAGUUCACCAGCUAACUAAGUCUUUAGCAGAUGAAGGUAGUGGUCUUCCAAAGGAUUCCUUAGUUACUGCAAUUUUACCAGUUACUUUAGAUACACCUAUGAAUAGAAAAUGGAUGCCCAAUGCUGAUACAUCUAGUUGGACCCCACUUGAAUUUGUUGCAGACCUUUUCUGGAAAUGGUCACAAAAUCAGGAGCGUCCUAUCAAUGGUAGUCUUUUACAACUGAUUACUAAUAAUAAUAAAACAGAAUUAAUUACAGCUUGAAAAAGAGAGAAAUAACUUUCUGGACCAACCAUUUCUGAAUAUUUCCAUGACAAUAUGCCUGUUAUAAAUGUUUAAAAUUAAUUCUUGUGAUUAAAUACUAUCCUUAAAA